CAAAUAUAGUCUGACCUGUCAACUAUAGUUGGUCAUGUUUCUGUAUAUAAAACACACAUAAUUAGAUUAGAUUGAGGCAUUGAGCACAAAGAGGGCAAGAUUAUAAGAAUGGAAAACGAAAGGGUGAAAAGAGGAUAACUAAAAAUAUGAGGGGUUAAACCAUAAAAACAAAAUUAAAGAGGAAGAGAGAAAACAGAGUGAAUCGGUGAAGCCGUUGCCUUGCCCUGCCCGCAAGUGCAACUGGAAACACACGCCACCGAUGAUUAUGAAUGAAUGAGUUCGCAAUCUCAAACAUCGUAGCGUAGAGAUUUGGGAUUCCGAUGAAGAGCUUACCCAACUGGGCUUUGUCUUUCUUCUCCGACCAACUUUUCCGGCGAGAUGGUUACAUCUGGGCCACCGCGAUUUCGCUUCUCUUAAUCCUUCUCUUUCAUAUCUUAUUUUCCUCUAAAUUUCGCUUCUUCAGUUCUUCUUCUUCGCCUACCGAAUCAGUUUCUCAUGCCGUGAACUCUCAAUCAAGGAUAUCCAGACUAGUUUCCGACGAAGAUUUGAAAUUUCUUAUCGAAAAUUUGGAGGAAAGAAAUGAGUCUGAUGAUGAGAUAUGGGAACAUGUUAUUCACAGAAGCAACGAUCGCAUUUCGUACACUGCUAAACGCUCCAAACCUAAAGAUGGUGGUCCUAUGAAGUACCUAAGUGUCACGGUCUUUGAGGACUGCUCUGCAGAGAUUUUGAGGGACUUUUAUAUGGACAAUGAUUAUAGGAAAAAAUGGGACAAGACUGUGGUUGAUCAUGAGCAGUUGCAGGUUGACAGUAGUACCGGAAUCGAGAUUGGUCGCACCAUUAAAAAGUUUCCCUUGUUGACAUCAAGAGAGUACCUACUAGCUUGGAGACUGUGGCAAGGAAAGGACAAGUUCUACUGUUUCACUAAGGAUUGUGAUCACAAUAUGGUACCGAAACAGAGCAAGUACGUACGUGUAAGCUAUUUUAGAUCUGGUUGGCGAAUCAGGCAAGUUCCCGGAAGAAAUGCUUGUGAGAUCAAAAUGUUUCACCAGGAGAAUGCUGGGUUAAAUGUUGAGAUGGCGAAGCUCGCCUUCUCAAAAGGCAUAUGGAGUUACGUCUGUAAGAUGGAUAAUGCACUUUGUAAAUACAUGGCAACCAGUCAGGGAACCCAACAAGGACCCAUCUUAUCUGCUGUCACCUUAACUAAAAAGGUUCCAUCAGAGUUAGAAACUCAGACAGAUGAUGUCACAGUCUCCAUGGGAACAAGUAGUGGUGAAUUAGAAGUGUUGACUCAUGUUGUAGCCAAACACAGAAAAAUAUUGAGAAAACCAUCAAAGAAACUGAUAGCAAAAGGUCUGGUACUUGUGGGUGGUGCAAUAUGCUUGUCUCGUGGUCAUUCCGCUUUGGGUGCUAAAGUCGUAUUGGCUUACCUCUUGACGAAACUGAACAAACAUGGUACUUCUCUGAAGCAGACCAGCCAGAACACUAUGAUUUAAGUAAAUAUCUCCUUAUCAUUUGGGUUGGAGAACGGCUCUGACCUCAUGGAAUUCUGGUAUAUUUAAGUAAAUAUCUCCUUAUCAUUGCAAUGUAAAGCUCACGUUAUAAACAGACCAACCUAAGGUUAUAUUUCUUGUAACUGUCUCUAUAAGGUCUUUUUAUCCAUUUUCAAAAGUUAGAACUGCUUUCUGGCGGCUCUAGAACGUU